GUUAGGAGGCUCGGGUCGUUGUGCUUCGCUGUCCACCCGCCAGCGUCAGGGACCUGCCCGGCUCAGUGGCGCAAUGGCCUCGGGAGUCUGGAUGCAGCCCUUUGAUGGCUCCUCUCGGCCCUCAGGCUGUAAUGGCAUCAGAUGAAGGCAAGCUUUUCGUCGGGGGCCUGAGCUUUGACACCAACGAGCAGUCGCUGGAGCAGGUUUUCUCGAAAUACGGACAGAUCUCAGAAGUGGUGGUUGUGAAGGACAGAGAGACCCAGAGAUCAAGAGGCUUUGGGUUUGUCACCUUUGAGAACAUUGAUGAUGCCAAGGAUGCCAUGAUGGCCAUGAACGGGAAGUCGGUGGACGGCCGGCAGAUCCGAGUGGAUCAGGCAGGCAAGUCUUCAGACAACCGAUCCCGCGGAUACAGGGGUGGCUCUGCUGGGGGCCGUGGCUUCUUCCGUGGUGGUCGUAGCCGGGGCCGUGGAUUUGUGAGAGGAGGAGGGGACAGAGGCUAUGGGGGCAGCCGGUUUGAGUCCAGGAGCGGGGGCUAUGGCGGCUCCAGAGAUUAUUAUAGCAGCCGGAGUCAGGGCGGCGGUUAUGGGGACCGGAGCUCAGGCGGGUCAUACCGAGACAGCUACGACAGUUACGCUACACACAACGAGUAAAAAUCCUUCCUGCUCAAGAUCGUCCUGCCAAUGGCUGUGUGUUUACAGAGUUUGGGAGCUCCGCCGAACCGUUACUGUGUAGUGAACACACCUCCUUGUACCCCACUUUUGUAGUCUCCUCAGUUCUGAUCUUGUCCAACACAGCCUGACUGCUUUGACCCUACGGGGCCUGCUUGGCCAGACCUUUCCGCUUGCCGGAAGUGCUGUCUGUGUCAGGGCUGUGGGAAGCUUGCGAGAGCACUUCCGCCUUUUUUCCUUUUGGCCACCAGCCGUGGUUCUUGGUUUUUUUUUUAUUUUGUUCUUUUGAAUCAUCGCUGGGGGCUGUGGGGGUUUGAAAAACGUUUUUGGUUCGGGUUGCAUUGCCAUUUUUGAUUUGGAGUGGGGCGGCUCUGAAGCCAGUGGCCCAUCUGAGCAGGACUACAGGACUCGAGGGCCCUCUGUCGGCAAUCCUGCAGCCCGACGCCUUGGGAGUGUAGCGUGGUAGGGCCAUGGGGCCCUGCUGCAUCCACGCAGACUUCCCCGCAAGGUUCUGAACAUGUUUAUUUAUAUUGUCCUUUUUUACUGGAAGCCGUACGCCUACCCCAUUGCUGUUGUAUUUGAAGUGGUUAAGGAAUUCUUGUACGCAGUUUUCUUUGGCUUUACGAAGCCGAUUAAAAGACCGUCUGAAACUAA